UUUGUUUAUGUUGCUAAGGCCUGCAGCAGGAGCGGCGCGCGAGGAGCUGCGGUUUCCGUGCUCCGAGUGUGGGGAGCUUCUAUGCGGACCAGACUAAAUCAGCACGGUAACCUGUGCGGUGGGUUACUCGUGGAAUAAUUUCUUUCAAGAUGUAGUGUUACAGCUCCGCGAAUUUUGCGUUUGGUAAUUCUAGUCCAACUCGAGAGUGGGAGGACCCACGAGCGUUUGCGAGAACUUUUUGGUGAUGCCAUGACCAAGCCGGACGCAAAGACUAAUCAAAAUUCAAGGACCGUUGGCCCAUCAAGUCGUGGAAGCUUUUUCGAGAGAUCUGGCUUUCCGAAGAAGUAUCGCCGAAGCGCUGUUGUUUGAGCCCUGCUUGCUGGAUUGUUUAUAAUAAGUGCCACCGGCAGCGAUGGCCUCGUCCGUGCAUCAAAACGGCAGCGUACCUAUUGCCUUGUCGUGCCUGCCUGAGAUUGAACAAAUCAUUCGGAAAUUGGAACAUGGCACGCCACUUAUCAAGUUCUACCAGAAGGGUCGGCCUGAGAAAAGGACUUUCUCGAUCAAGCUGGAAACGCGGCAGGUCAUUUGGUGGCGGCCAGUCACCGGGCGUACAGUGGAAGAAGGAGCGGUUGACCUACGAGAAGUGAAGGAAGUCCGUUUGGGACGAAACUCAAAGAUAUUUGAUCGGUGGCCAGAAGAUGCUAGAAGAUGGGACCCUGCCCAGUGCUUUGUUAUAUUUUAUGGCAGUGCCUUUCGCCUCAAGACAUUGUCUUGUGUCGCUACAUCAGCCAAGGAUUGUGAACAGUGGAUCAAUGGGAUUCGGCACUUGGUUUCUGAUACCUUAUCUGCAUCCUAUCCACUUCAAGUUGAGCGAUGGCUGCGCAAAGAAUUUUACGGCAUGCAGAAUCCACGAAAUGUGAUAACCCUGAAGGAUCUCAAAGCCUUCUUUCCAAAAGUAAAUUGCAAGCUAUCCACAAGCAAAUUGAAAGAGUACUUUCAAGAGGUUGAUACCAACAGAGCUGGUGAAAUUGGCUUCGAAGGUUUUGCAUCACUGUAUCACAAUUUGAUGCAUGAUGAGAAGCUGUUCACUGAUUUCUUCAAAACAUACACUGAUGAAAAUGGAAAAGUCACCCUAAAGGCUUUCCAAAAGUUUCUCGUUCAGGACCAGAAGGACAUGGUGUUCGAGGAUGAAAGGGUAGUGAGCAAGUUCAUGCGUGACUAUCUGCAGGACCCUCUGCGGGAUGCCCAGGAGCCGUAUUUCACUGUGCCUGAGUUCCUAGACUAUUUAUUUUCUAAGCAGAAUGAGUUGUGGGACAGUCAGCACAACAAAGUCAAUCAAGACAUGACACGACCGCUGACCCACUACUGGGUAGCGUCUUCGCACAACACGUACCUCACGGGAGACCAAGUGAAGAGUGAGUCCUCUGUUGAAGCUUAUGCGAGGUGCCUUGCAAUGAGCUGCCGCUGCAUUGAGUUGGACUGCUGGGAUGGACCGGAUGGCAUGCCCUAUGUUUAUCAUGGCCACACCUUGACAACGAAAAUCAGGUUCAUUGAUGUCAUCAAGACAAUCAAAGACCAUGCAUUUGUUGCAUCUGAGUACCCAGUAAUAUUGUCUAUUGAGAACCACUGCACCUUACCACAACAAAGAAAAAUGGCCAACCUAUUUCAGGAGGUUUUUGGAGAGAUGCUGUUGACUCAGCCAGUGGAGCGAGAUGGUUUGAAAAUGCCAUCCCCUGAGCAGCUGAAGUGGAAAAUCAUUAUCAAGCACAAGAAACUUCCCGAAGGAACAGAAGACAAAGUCAUUGUUAACAGAAGUGAUGAAGGCGGCCAGGAAACUGAUGUCAGCAAUGCUGUGAAAAAUGGCAUCCUUUAUCUUGAAGAUCCAGUUGAUAAGGAGUGGCGGGCACAUUUCUUCAUGCUGACACAAAAUCGAAUGUUUUAUGCUGAGGAACAGCAAAUGCAGGAUGAUGAGGAGGAUGGUGAUGGUACAGAGCUACAACAGCAGCGAGAGGGUGUGCCCAAUGAAGAGCUGCACUUUGGGGAGAAGUGGUUCCAUGGCAAACUGGCAGGUGGCCGGCUCAAAGCCCAAGAAUUGUUGCAGCAGCAUGCUCACCUGGGGGAUGGGACCUUCCUGGUGCGAGAGAGUGACACCUUUGUUGGAGACUACUCACUCUCUUUCUGGCGCCAGGGCAAGGUGAAUCACUGUAGAAUAAAGUCCAAACAAGAACGUGGUCAAACCAAGUACUACCUGAUUGACACAGUGGCAUUUGACACCCUGUACAGUCUCAUCAGCCACUACCAAACACACCCACUGCGCAGCCAGGAGUUCUACAUGUACCUAAAUGAGCCUGUACCCCAGCCCAACAAGCACGAGGGAAAAGAGUGGUACCAUGCGAACAUGACACGAACUCAGGCAGAGGAAUUGUUGAAGCGAGUGAAGUAUGAUGGUACAUUUCUUGUGCGGCCAAGUGAAAAGGAAGACAACUGCUUUGCUAUAUCCUUUAGGGCAGAGAACAAGUUGAAGCACUGUCGUAUCAAGCAAGAAGGCCGUCUUUUUGUCAUUGGUACAGCCCAGUUUGAAAGCCUUGUUGAGCUUGUGAAUUACUACGAGAAACACCCACUGUAUCGCAAAGUCAAGCUCAAGUAUCCUGUGAAUGAAGAUAUUAUUCGGAGAAUUGGAACGGACACUGAUGACAGCCCACUGCAUGUAGGAGGCCCCGCAGGAACCUACAUGGACCCAGACAGCUUUUCUGGGGCCUUUCGUGCAACAGUCAAGGCCCUGUAUGACUAUAGGGCACAGCGGGAAGAUGAACUCUCAUUCUGCAAGCAUGCCAUCAUCACUAAUGUAGUGCGGCUGGAAGGAGGAUGGUGGCGCGGAAAUUAUGGUGGAAAACGGCAGCACUGGUUUCCCGCAAACUUUGUGGAGGUGCUGGAAACACAGGAUGCAUCUGACGAUGGGUCUGGAGAUGCAAUGCCCUUAGGUACAUUGCAGAAGGGCAGCAUUGACAUUGCUGGGUGUACAGUAGAUAUUCUACAGAGUUGGCCAGGGAGGGGACGAGAAUGGGUGUUCCGCAUAGUGUCACCAACCCAACUAAUGCCCAUUGAGAUUGCUGCUCCCUCAAGGGAAGAGAUGCAAGAUUGGGUGCUCAAGAUUCGAGAGACUGCUCAGUCUGCAAAUGAUAUGAUCCAACAAAGACGGGAAAUGGAGCGAAGCUUGAGGCUUGCUAAGGAAUUAUCCAAUCUCAUCAUCUAUUGCAGAUCUGUGCAGUUCUGUCCCGAAAGGAUUGGAAACUUCACAGAAAUGUCAUCAUUUCCGGAAACAAAAGUUGAGAAAUGGAUGAGUCCUCAGCACUGCUCUUUCUUCCUCAAAUACCACCGGCUGCAGUUUAGCCGUGUGUACCCAAAGGGCAGCCGCAUUGACUCCUCAAACUACGAUCCUGUGCAUCUGUGGAACUGUGGCUGCCAAAUGGUGGCUCUGAAUUACCAGACACCGGACCGACCAAUGCAACUUAACCAAGGGCGGUUCUUGCAGAAUGGGCGGUGUGGAUAUGUACUUCGACCUGAUUUCAUGCAUGAUGAUGGUUAUGACCCAUAUGACAGGACUACACUGAAGUCUGUUCACCCAGUCACGCUGUCAAUCAAGGUCAUUGCAGCACGUCACCUCAUGAAAUCAGGGAGAGGCAUUGUCAGUCCAUUUGUUGAAGUGGAGAUUGUUGGAGCAGAUUAUGACAGCUGCAAAUACAAAACUGGAACAAUACCGGAUAACGGUUUGAAUCCUGUAUGGAAUGAGGUGUUCAUGUUUGACAUCUGCAAUCCGUGCGUGGCACUUCUACGCAUUGUAGUACAAGAUGAGGACAUGUUUGGUGACCCCAAUUUUCUUGGUCAGGUCACUUACCCUGUAUGCUGCCUAAGAACAGGUUACCGCAGCAUUCCGUUAAAGAACGAGUACAGUGAAGAGCUUGAGCUGGCAUCUUUACUGGUGCACCUUGAGAUGCACGCAACAAAGGAGGAAGAUGAAGCAUAUGUAUGCAUUCAACGCCUUAGAGACGAAAGCCGUGAACUGGGACGAGCUUUAGAGGAAAGUGAACGCCGAGGAGAUGUACAGCGAGCACAAGCACUACGCCAACAGCUUUCCACCACCCAGGAACAGCUGCGCACAAAGCGUGAGGAACGGAGGACCACAUUCACUGCACUUAAAUGACAUCGAUGCCAAAGGUUGCAGUUGGAAAGAUCUCAGCCAACGUAAUCUGCCAAGCAGACAUCUGCAGUGCAUUUAAGAAAUAGAGACCCUGCCAUCCAGAGCUUGCUGAUAAUAUUCUGUAUAUUUACUUUGUUAAGCUUGACUUUUGAUGUGAUAUUUUACACAUCAAUGCCUUUGAGAAGUUAACUGUUUUUGGGUCAAUUAUGUGUGCUAUUCUAUCCAGCCAUGCAGCACAGAUAUUUUGGAGCAUUUCAUUUUUUGAGAGCUAUAUGUGUACAUAUAUCAUAUACAAACACUAUUUUUGAAGUUGAAAUGCAUGAACAAAGUGUUAGCUUACUUGUCAAGAGGUCACCACACAAAUACUAUUCAGCUUCUGCCUAUAGUUUUUUUUUUUUUUUUUUUUUUUUUGUCAUUGGUACCAAAUAUUUAGAUUGUUGCAUUUUAUACAAGAUUUCAAUAACUGGGAAGCUACUGGUGAGUGCGCCAUGCUUCUUGUAGCAUGUUUUCGUAUGGGUGGAUAUACACCAGUAGGACAUGGCAAAAGGUAUGUGCAUAUUGCUUCCUAAGAAGUUUAAAAAAAGCACUGAAUGGUGCUUGUCUAACAGAAGUCUCGCAUUUUCAUUUGUUUGCUCUUUCACCUAUCAGCAGUCAUCCUACUGUGACAGCUAUGCGAUAUGCAGAUUGCCAAACAUGCAAGUCUGUAGUGCCUGUAUUACCUGUGCAGGUGGUAACUUGCAUAGCCUUGCAGUGUAUGGCUGAUUUAAGGCAGUCUAGUUUCUUAUGUGUGGUGACAUUGCACUUAGAAACAGUCAUCCUUUAAUAUCAAUCUUGUGAACUGUGAAAUCUAUCGACCAAAAGGAUUUGGAACCUGACAACAUGAGUCCUUCCAUGGUUUGGGAACAAGUGGGGCAUUUUCUUACUACUGAAUCGUAGUGCUGUCUGUAACUCAACUCACCUGAGUAGUCUUUCAGCAUUUGUCUGUGGCCAUUUCAAGGAGGGCAGUUUUCUUGGGAAAUGAUGGGGCAUGUGGCUCAAGGCUUCCAUGUAAACAUACGCUUGGUACUUGUAUGUAGUUGUAGCAAUGACAUUUUUUGAUGCUUUUUCUUAACAAUUGUAGGAGCUAAGGAAAAUUUUGUGUGUUACUGAAAUAGUAUGCAUGAAUAUAUUUCUGUCGAUAGUAUAGCAUACCUCCUUUCAUUUUUGCACAUCCUGGAAUUUUGUGUCGAAACUUUUUGAGAUGUUAAUGUUCCAAAAUGCAUUAUUCAGGACCGAGUGCCUCAAUAGCAUUCUGAAUGUUAUCUUCCCACUUUCUGCAUUCUAAAAGUUUAAUGUAUUGAUGUGAUAUUUUUCACUUGUCUUUUUUUUUUCUUAUAAAGUGAAGGUUGAAACACUUUGAAAACCCUAGGGAAAAAAAUCUGGACAUCAGAGAGCCCCCCCCCCCCUUUUUUUUUUUUUUUUUUUUUUUUUUGACGGGCAGUUUCAUCACUCCUAGUCUCUUUGAUGCAUGUUAGCAAAUAUCGCUCCAUCAUGACAUCAUUAUAAUGAUAAUUAAACCAGGUCUGGAAACCUUCAUACUUGAUUGUGUCAUGCUUUUAUCUUCUGGAAUCAUGUCGUGCAACUCCUACAACCUCAAAAAUGCAUGUUGGCGCUCCUAAAAGGACAGUGUGCGGUUGAAAGCAGAAAAGCAAUUACAGUAAAUGACUUUGUAUACAAAUGUUGACAAGCAUUAUCAAAAAAACAUAUUUAAUAAGGCUUACUGGUUCUGAAAAAUGCGCAAUAUUUUGCAUGGUGCUGCUGCUACUUCAUAGGUCAGUGUUAUUGUUCUUAAUGUUGCAUGUGGUGUUGUAAUCUACUGUCAUGUUACUCGCAUGUAUGUUGCAAUAUGAAAUGUUUAUCAUUGUAGGGAUGUCAGAUAAGCACUAAUCAAAGUUCUUGAGUGGCUACACUCUUUUUUUGCAUUGUACAUUUUCUUUUCACAUCGAUCUAGUUUCUAUUACUAAUUGCAAUGUUUUGUUAGUUGCCCUUUCUUGCCCAUUUCUAAUGCCUUUCAGUGUUCAGCAGUUGGCAGUAAUUGUAACAAAGAAGAUAUGUUAGAUGUACAAACCAAACUUGGGUUCUUUGCAUAGGCGUGCGCAGGGUUCUUCAUUGGGGGCCAAGUUUCACCCCCCCCCCCUCAUUGGGGUUGAGCUUGAACGAAAAUAAGCUCCGCUCCGCAAUGGAUGCAGAAAUGAAAAUAAAGCGAUGACGUGCUUCUCACAAUGGCUUGCCAUUGGUCCCCGGCUUUCCGGGGAUAAUGGUGGGAAGCACUUUGAAUGCAACAUCAGGGGUCCUCGGGCACCAUUAUCGUAAAAAAAACACACGUAGCCGUAACCCUGCGCUUAAUAUUAAAAUGAUGUUAAAGGUCCAACUAAGUGAAGUUAUGGGGCAGAAUUGGCACCCCCCUUUAGAUGAUUAGGGGGAGGCCACCUCCCCUGCCUCCCCCCCCCCUCCCCCAUGCGCGCGCCUAUGGUUCUUUGUAUGAAACUGUGCAGGCUUGGAACUUAGCCCAGUACAUUCUUUGUAUUGGCUUAAAGCUUUAGAACAAUACCUGUGCCCUAAUCUAGUUUAUACUGAAAUGAUCAGUGUAUCCCUUUAAUAUUAGCGAAAUAUGUUCUUUGACACAAGCAUGCAUUGAAACUCGAGUAGGGUGUUGUGCUGAUGACAUCUUGGUCUUUGUGUGUGUAGGGUAGUCUUGGGCUGCCUUCUUUAAUGGUCACACACACCAUAACAUAGGGUCACAUUCAUGUUUUGUGCUACCAGUGUGUGUUACUGCUUUUGCUAUGCCGCAAUGCUUAACACUGUAUUAACACGCAUCUGAAAAGGCUUAUGUAAUGUAUGCCUCUUGAAAUUUGGAAACACGUGGAAAAAAUAUUUAGUUAUUGUAUAAAUAUUUAUGGUAAGUGUACUUUGUGAGGUGAUAUACUGGCAUUUAAGACCUUGUGACAACAGGGGCAUUCACCAUGUUCAUUCAAACAGUUGGUGUGAUUGAAGAAAUGUCUCUGUGAUGUGCAAUCUUAUUUCACUAGUGGAAUACAAGUUUUCCUUGUUUGUACAGUAUUGUGUUUUGUCAGACAAGACUGUGUGACAUUUGUGUUGAGCAGCUAACCGUCUUGCACUGUUACUUUCAUUAACUGGCUGUUAAAGCUUUGUGCCAUUACCACUUUCCUCUUGUUGCCUCCUUGCUCUUUUAAAAAUGUUUGUUGUGUAGGUGAUUAUUUGUUACAAGAGCAUAGAAAGCUGAAACUAAUGGGCAAAUUUAAGUUUUGAAGAAUGAGUAUUCAGAUACAAUGUGCAUAUUGUUCUUUAGGGUUGCAUGAAUGUUCAUUUCCUACAGAGAAUCAAGCACAGUGAAUACCGGAGGUGUAGAAAAAAACACCCACAAUAUCUCUGCACAGUAGUUAUGCUCAUGGAAAGUUGUAAUGAUUGAGCAGAAUGGUUCGAUCAUACUUUUAGCAGUGGCGAGGUUAAUAAUGACAUGAAUGUGCAAGUUUGACCGAGGCAUGGACUAGGUAACCCUGUGAACUCUGUUGCAAUGUUACGUAGGAAAAGUUGAGUAGUAUUUUCCAAUUUUCUCCAAAAAUAAUUCGGUACCGGUUGUUCCAGAUCGUUGCAGUUCACUGUGACUGCCGUGAUCGAAAAAAAGGCAGAGGUUCAGAAGUCUACUCUGAUCAGAUGCAUUUUGCGGGAUACAUACACUGGGAGCAGCAAAACGUUGAACAGCAUGUGACAAGCAGUGCAUUGUUUCCACAGCAAAGUUGCUUUUUCGGUGACUUUCCUGUUUCCGGUUUUGCCUGCUUCAGGAACUGGCCAUAAUAAACUUGUGCUACACAUCUACCCCUCUAAUGCUCAUCCACUGAGUCAAGCUCCUUCGCGAAAUCAUUUCAUUGUUUUUAAAACCUGGUGCAAACCAAUUUGUUAACUCUUGCAAAAAAAAAAUUGGGAGAGUUGGCGCGUAUGCUUUUGUUUUACCACUGUUGGUACGCUAACUCAGUUCAGAGAGUGCAAAGAUCUUUAGAGCGUCAAAUUUCAAUGGUCUAUGAACACACAAGUUCUGGCAGUUUCGGCACCACAAUCGAGUUUACUGUCCACUGUCGUUGCAGGCUACACAGUCUUUAAACAGGAUCACUUAUACGGAAUGUACCUACUUAAAUACAGGCCUAUGAUAUAAAUACCUCUUGUAGUGUUGAUAUUCACGCAACCCUAAUUGUCCCUGAUGCGUUUGUCAUUACUUUUCUUCUAUCGCAUUUGAAUUCUCAAUUCUUGCCCAUGUUGUGACCCAUUAAUACCACUUAAAUUUUUUUUUCACUUGUGUCAUCCUAGAUAUUUAUUUGCACUUGUUACUACAUUGCAAACCAUUUAGAGUACAUGUGUUGUAGUGAAAUAAAAUU